UGCCCGGUAAAGUCUUGUUUUGGCAGAGUUAACGAGUGAAAGCACAAAGUUUACUUUCACUGACUGAAUUUAUUUAAUAAAUUAAUAAUUAGUAAAAGUGGGAACAUAUUUUAUACAUUUCUCGUUUCUGAGAAGGUCUAGGAAAUGCAGAAAUAUGAAAAGCUUGAAAAAAUCGGAGAAGGAACUUAUGGAACCGUGUUUAAGGCCAAGAAUCGUGAAACGUUGGAGAUUGUGGCGUUAAAAAGGGUCCGGUUGGAUGAUGAGGAUGAGGGCGUGCCAUCCUCUGCCCUGCGAGAAAUUUGUCUCCUGAAGGAAUUAAAACACAAGAACAUUGUCCGCCUUUACGAUGUACUCCACUCGGAUAAAAAGUUAACACUCGUUUUUGAACAUUGUGACCAAGAUUUGAAGAAAUACUUUGAUUCGCUAAACGGUGACAUUGAUCCCGAUGUCGUCAAAUCCUUCAUGUUCCAGCUUUUGAGAGGUUUAGCGUUUUGUCACGGGCAUAACGUCCUCCAUCGUGAUCUCAAACCGCAAAAUUUGCUCAUUAACAAGCCGACGAUGAUGCAACACAAGAUUGUCAACGGGGAACUGAAACUGGCUGAUUUCGGAUUGGCGAGAGCGUUCGGAAUUCCGGUCAAGUGUUACUCAGCGGAAGUGGUCACGUUAUGGUACCGCCCACCGGAUGUCCUAUUUGGAGCCAAGUUGUACAACACUUCGAUCGACAUGUGGUCCGCCGGGUGUAUUUUUGCAGAACUGGCAAAUUCUGGACGCCCCUUAUUCCCCGGAUCAGACGUGGAGGACCAAUUAAAACGGAUUUUCAAAUUGUUGGGGACACCGACCGAAGACACGUGGCCAGGUCACAACCAGCUCCCGGACUACAAACCUUUCCCCGUCUACCAUCCCACCGCCUCGAUUGCCCAGGUCGUCCCCAAACUUGGGGGAAAAGGUCGUGACCUUCUUCAACGUCUCCUCAACUGCAAUCCCAACCAUCGCUUGUCCUCCGAAGAGGCGAUGGCGCACUCAUAUUUUAACGACCUCCCACCCGCCAUCAGAAACUUGUAGACAAGACAAAUCAAACACUGGAAAAUGACAACGACGAAUUAUUUAUUCCUUAUUUUUGAUUACGCCAAAUUAGUUUGUAAUCUUUGUGAAGUUCGGGUUUUUGAAGUACUGUGUGAAUAAGUUUUUUCGGUGCCAAUAAUUUUGUGCAUGACAAAUCCUCUAGUCGAUUUGAAGGAAGAAUUGUGAUUUUUUGUGAUUUUUUUGUAUGUAUUAUCUAUUUUUUGCACAAGUAUUUACUUGCCAAUUAAGGUCAAUUAAGUUGAUGAUUCAGGUGUGCUAUCUGAACGAGCUAUUUUGUAUUAUUUGCACAAGGGUUUAAGUAUUUACUUAGGUUGAUUAAGUUAAUUGUGCUAUGUGAUCGAGUCGAUCUGAUUUUCCUAUUAAUUAUUUUUUGUCGUCCUAUAUUUUGCAUGUAUAACAAAUUUGAUCGCAAUAAAAUUUGGAGUAAAGAAUAAUUUACUCUCAUCUCUGAAUUGAUAAAAAUUGGUAC